AUGACUAAGCAACAACUCCAAAAAGAACUUAAAGAAAAAGUAACAGCAGGAGUCAAACCCUCGGAUAUCAAAAAACUUAAACGCUCUAAAAGUGCCGAUGAUAUUCCUAAUCCACCUACUCCUUUGUUAGCCGACCAACUAACCCAAAAGCAAAAAGAGCUAGAAAGCCUAAAAAAAGCAUCCGAAACCAAAUCUACUACUAUUCGCUUACUAAGAGAAAAACUAGACCGUGAUACUAAGGAGCAAGAGAUUAAAGCACUUAAUUCUCAAAUUAAGGAAUUAAAGGAGCAAUUAGAUAAUUCCUUGGAAGCCCGCACUAAGGCUCUAAAAGAUUAUGCUAAACAGCACGAGCAAAUUAAAGCUCUUAAUCAAGAAUUAACUGAAACCAUUGACCAAGCCAGCAGUGAACUAAAUGCCGGUUUUGAUAAUAACGCUCUCAUACAUUAA